AUGGAGCAGCACCACCACCAUUACGAUUACGCACCUUCGCAGCCGAGCCAAGCUCCUCCCGGACUGGACGCCGUCCCUAAUGGCACAGCAAAUGCCGCCGCCUCUCCGGCAGUGGGUAUGAAGCCCAUUCGUCGGCGCAAUCGCAUGAUUAAUAGUUGCUUGGAAUGCCGCAAGCGCAAAUUGAAAUGUAGCAAGACCUCUCCAGCUUGCAUGAACUGUCUCAAGUCGGGCCGCGACUGCUUGUACAUUGGCCCUAAACUGGACGAGGCAUCUCAACUGCGAUUAGCAGAGAUCAAGGAGAAGCAAGGCUCAUUAGAACGACAACUUGAACGGGAUGUUGCCAAGUCGACAACCUCGAAAAGUGCCCUGCAGCAACGCAUUCUGGCUGAUGAGGUCGAGGAUGACUAUGACGAAGAGCGCGACCUGGAGGCGACGCCCCUGGUGGCAUUGGACAUGACCUAUGAAGACGAUGCAGACGGGGGCACUGACGAGAUGAUCGAUCUCGGUAUUCAAAUCGGCAAGAUGCGCAUCACUGAAAGGAUUGGUGGACUGGCAAGGCCAAGAUUAUCAGAUGAGUUAUCCGCCGGUCUGUCAGGCCAGCGCUCGCCCGCACCAACGCCGAGCUACGGAGGCACGCCGUCUGGUGGACUGCCUCCAGGAAUGGGGCCCCCACCCGGCAUGGAUAAUAUGUCUGAUGGGGGUACGUCUGAAAUGUCGAUGCCGGAUUUCCUGAAACCUGGCGCUCAAUUUCUUGCGCCGGGCAGUGGGUUCUUCUUCGGACAGGUGGUUGAGCAACCGUCCAUCCUGUCAUUCUUGCCUCACAGACCUCAGGCGGACAAACUUAUGAGGCAGUACUUCUCAGCUGUCCAUCCUAUAGCACCUUGCUGCCAUCGACCUACACUUGAGAAUCUAUACGCGCAGUUCUGGGAAGAAGUCAACGCAAACUAUGAGCCGCGCCCAUCGAUGCAGGCGGUCAUCUUUGCCGCAUUAUUCAGUGGCGCUGUGGCUAUGGACGAGAAUGAGGUAUACCAAGAGCUGGGACCCUUCCCGAAAGGCAACUGGAUGGCUAGUUUGAAGCUGGGAACCGAGACUGCCCUGGGAAAAGCCAACUUUUUGCGAACGACCAAGGUGGAAACAAUGCAGGCGUUCAUCAUGUACAUGCUCCCAUUGUGCAGAGCGGAGGUCUCACGGGCGCAUUCUGUACUCGUAGGCGCCGCAGCUCGGAUGGCUGAGUGCAUGGGGCUGCAUCGAGACGGUGACGCAUAUGGGCUUUCACCGCUGGAGACACAUGUUCGCCGUCUAUUGUGGCAUCAGCUAUGCUUUUUGGACGUUCGUACCUGCGAAGCUCAAGGGCCGAAGCCUGUCAUCAGAAGGGAGGACUAUGACACAAAGCUACCGAUCAACUGCAACGAAGAAGACUUUACUCAUGCAAUAGUACCACCGGAAGCCUCUGAGCAUUUCACAACCAACACGCUAGCCUUGAUACGCUUUGAGAUUAAUGAAAUGAUGCGGAUCAUCUGGCUCGACAGGCGACGGCUCGAAGUACGCAAGACAACGCUGACUGCUGUUCUUACUAAGAUCGAGAACUUUAGACGGCGUAUGUCGGAGAAGUACGAUCACCUACUGGAUACCACCCAACCGAUGCAACGCUACGCCAAGUGUGUCAUGUACCUCUUGACCUACCGCCUACACGUAAUGGUACUUCACCCUUACCACUCCAAUGCCGCAAGCCCUAUGCCCCCACGCCUUGGCUCGCUGCUGAUAACUUCUGGUAUCCUAAUUUGUGAGCUUGCGAUACAGCUGGAGACAAAUCAGAACUUUCAGGAGUGGUCCUGGUACCUGGGAGCUUAUUUCCAAUAUCAAAUUGCGCUGCUUCUGGCGACAGAGGUCUACUUUCGCCCAAUGUCCCGCGAAGCAGACCGUAUAUGGGCAUGUCUGGACUACGUCUUUGGCAUGGAUCGCCGGCUGCCGCCUGAGGUGAAAGGACCACAACUCUUGGCGGAAGUGCAGGGCAAGACCGCUGUAUACAUGCGUAUGCGCAAGAUGCGAGGUCCGAGCAGCUUAGCCAGGGCCCAAACAUCGACGAGUGUUGUUGGUGGUACUAGCAGAGCAAAUUCGGUUGCGUCUCUCAGCGGCUACUCUUCCCAGCACAUGUCGCCCGCACCAAACAUGAAGACAGAAGCACUGGCUACACCGCCGCCGAUGCAGCCAGGCAUGCCGCCUCAACAACCACAGCCACAGAUGGUGUUCGCUGGCGUUUCGGAUGGCCAAGCUCUGUGGAGUUUGCCGCCGAUGCACCACGAAAGCCCCGGCAGCAGCGACACAUCGAGCGUGGGACAUACUCAAGGUGUAAACAUGACAGCUCCUCACUCUGCAGCCAUGGGCAAUAUUAUGGAUACUAUUGAUUGGGAUACUAUGUACGCUCUCUUCCCAAAUGAUCCAUCAACUGGUGGUCUUAGCAUACAAGGAUAUCAUGACCCAACCUUUGGAAUGUUUAAUUGGUCUGCUACGGCUCAAUAG